AUGACCCACGCAGAGCGAGUUUAUCAUUCCGUCCCAAGUUCCCCAUACUGUCUGCCAUCGGAUGAGGCAGAGCGCCAGCGACUCAUCCGUCAGCAUUUCGCUUUGAAGAAAAUUGCUGGACACGGAGAACUUCUCGUUAGUCCUCUUGAAAUCCCAGAGGGUGCCUUUGUUCUCGAUUCGGGCACUGGAAGCGGUGUAUGGGCUCUGGACUUUUCCAAGCAGGUGUCCCUGUCCGUCACGAUCUACGCAAUUGAUAUCGAGACGCGUCUGUUCCCAUCAGAGCGACCUCCAAAUGUGAUUUUCAACGCCGGCUCAGUUCUCAGGCUAUCCCCAUCAUGGACCGCCAAGUUUAGUCUAAUCCACCAGCGCCUGCUGCUCUACGCGCUUCGACUGCCAGACUGGGUCACCGCUCUCUCGGAGAUGUUUCGGUGCACUAAGCCAGGUGGAACCGUUCAACUUACGGAAGUCAUUACGCCGCCGAACAGCAGUGCAGGGCCGUGCAAUCGCAAGUGGUUUGCGGUUCUUGAAUCUUUCUGCGCUAGCCGCGGCCUCGUGCUGCACUGCGCGCGGAUCCUACCCGACCUCCUGAAGGCGGCAGGGUUCAAAGAUAUCACAACUUACGAGACUGGUGUAAUCCUUGGCUCUAAGGGUGGCGACGCGGGAAUGGAGGUUAGGAGAAGCAGGAUCGGUGCGUUCCGCGGCAUGAAAUUGCCGAUCUUGAAUGCAGGCGGAUUUGGCGUUAUCUCAUCCGGAGAUGCAUUUGACGAACUCCUUGACGGUGUUGAGCGCGAGUGGGAGGAGACUGGUCUCGCGGAGGCAGGUUACAUCCAUAUUGUCGCGCGGCACCCUCUAGACGCCGUAGCGUCGCCCAACAAUGCAGUCAGGGAUUUGGCGUUGCCGGUUCUGUCUUCUUUUCACGCGAUCAUUCGCGCGGCACUUUACAAUUUGGCGGGGUAUGAUAGGAACUAA